UUGGCCUUGGCGUCGGCGUGUGUUCGUGCGAGAGAUCGAGCGAGAUGGGUAGUGUCACGGCUGCCGUGCACUGGUGGGAGGAGUCGCAGAUGCGUGUGCUCGUCCUCGGCAGCCUGCUCGUCCAAUUCCUUCUCUUAAUCUUCUCCUUUGUGCGUAGGAUGGCCAUUCCUAGGUGGAUCAGAUUCAUCAUGUGGCUGGCAUACCUCGCCAGCGAUGCCGUGGCGAUAUACGCCCUCGCCACGCUCUUCAACCGCCACAAGAAUCAAGAUCCUGGAGGAAGCAGGAUGUUGGAGGUGGUCUGGGCGCCCGUCCUCCUGAUACACCUAGGCGGACAUGACGGCAUCACCGCCUACAACAUCGAAGACAACGAGCUGUGGAGCCGGCACCUGCUCACUGCGGUGUCUCAGGUCACGGUGGCCAUCUACGUGUUCUGCAAAUCAUGGCGAGGCGGCGACAAGAGGCUGUUGCAGGCAGCAAUCUUGUUGUUCGUCCCUGGGGUUCUGAAAUGCUUCGACAAGCCAUGGGCACUCAAGAGUGCGAGCAUUAAUAGCCUCGUCAGCACAUCUGCUGCUGAGAGGACACCAAAACAAGGCCAGAUGGAUCCGCUCGGGGAGUACGUGAAACACGCAAAGGCUUUUGUCAGCAGAGAACAAAGGGAGGGUGAAGGUCGGAUGCAGCAACAAGCAACAAGGGCUUCUGUUCAGGAAGGCGAUCAUUCUCCAUCACAAGCAAAGCAAACUGAAGGUGACAUGGAUCCGCUCGAGGAGUACGUGAUGAAAGGAGCAAGGGCUCCUGUGGAGGACGGUGAUCAUAGAAAAUCCCAACAAGGCGCACACCACCAAUACCUUCCAAGACGGCCAAAAUCUAAUGAAAAGUGAGGCCUAUAAGCUAUUUGUAGAUCUUUCAUCUCCAUACCCUCGUCGGCUUAGUAUCCUCAAAUAUUUCUGGGUGGUUAGCCAAGAGAGCGCAGAGCAAGCACAUCGCUCCCUGCGAAAAAGGAUCGUUAGCGCGUUCCUCCUCCUUUACACCAAGCUAAAGACUGCAGCCAUUCCAACGGGAGGUGAAAUUGAGAAUGAGAAGGGAAAAGCUAGUUACCGAGUGAAAUUCAUAUUUCGCCACUGGGCACGUGUGUUUCUGCCGUGGGCAGCCAUCGGUCUCUUCCACAAGAGUCACAGAGAAUCUUAUAAUGAUAUUGAUGUCAAGAUCACAUAUGCCAUAUUCUGUUGUACUGCUCUGCUAGAAUUUUACUCCAUGCUUCCAAUUAUACCGGUGCCUGGAGACGAACCAACCAUCGCCGGCCUCUUCCACAGUGGCCAGCGGCCAGAUAUGGUCACUCAAUAUAGCCUCGUAGGAUACUUUGCCCGCAACAGAGAGCAUAGCUGGAUGAUGCGGACUGUAAGUUUGUUUGGAUGCAAGGAUUUCCUCGACCAGCGCUGGUGGAUGAGGUCCUGCUUCUCAUCCAGGAGAAUUACAAAGUUGGUUCUUCAAUAUCUGAAAGAUGGAUGGAAGGAAAAAAUACAAGAUGCUGCCAGCUAUCGCAGGUUUAAUGACAACAGGGGCCACUGGGCGCUUGAGGGCAAUCAAGACUUGGUCUCCAGCAUAAAGGGACCAUUCGAUGAGAGUGUCCUCAUCUGGCACAUCGCCACAGAUUUCUGCUUCUUCUUGAGCCCGUUUUCAGAUCAUAGAUGUUCCUUUGCUAAGAUCCCGUCAAUAUCAUCGAACUCAAAGUCGAAAGGGGAUACCCCUCCAGCUGAGGAGGCUAGGUCUAAAUGUGGAGAAUUGACCGCCUGCAAAGCCGUCCUAUGCAGACAGAUAUCCAACUACAUGAUGUACCUACUGUUUGUUAAUCCUGAGAUGCUAUUGCCUGGCACUAGGCGGAAUCUCUUCACAAUUGCCUACAAGGAGCUCAAGGAUAUCCUCGACGACGACAAGCCAAGUCUGUUGGCAACUGCCUAUAAAGAGCUCAAGGAUAUCCUCAAGGACAACAACCGGAAUAUGUACAGAAGAGUCACAGCCGCCAUUAAAGAGCUCAAUGAUAUACUCAGGGACAGCAAGCGGAAUCCACUAAGCUGGAGUCAGUGGAAGCCUGCACCAGCGAUACAGGAAGAGCUUAUGCAGAGAGUAAUCAAUACCAUGCUGGACAAUUCAGUGAAAGCUUCUGAAGAGGAGUCAAAAAGAAGUUCUGAAGAAAAACCAGAUGGAAGUUCUAAAGGAAGUUUCAUCGACGACGCCUGGGCUCUUGCCCAAGGGUUAUUGGCCUUAGGUGACGACAAGAUGUGGGAAGUGAUCCAGGGCGUCUGGGUGGAGAUGCUCUGCUUCUCCGCCAGCAGAUGCAGAGGCUACCUGCACGCCAAGGCUUUGGGCUCCGGCGGGGAGUUCCUCACCUAUGUCUGGCUCCUAAUGUCAUGCAUGGGGAUGGAGACCUUCACGGAGAGGCUGCAGAGGGAGGAGCUUCCACCGGCUUCUGACGCCCGCAAUGGCACGGCUUCAUCCACUUCCGAGAUCCACACUCGUGCUCGUGCGGCUCCAUCAACUUCCCAGGUCCAUCACACCAGCGCGUCUCCAUCCACGGAUGAGAUUUGCAUCGAUAUGUCUUAGCAGGUAGCACUCGUGGAGGCUAUUUCAACUGUUCGUAGUUCUUUUGUUCAGCUGCUUUCCCAUACAAGACUGUUUACCGAUUGUAGUAGUUCUUUUGUUCAGCUGCUUUCCCAUACAAGACUGUUUACUGAUUGUUGUGGACGCUUGGUUGUUGGCAUGCUUCUCCCUAGUCCUAUUGUUCUUGCUGCUCAUCACAGUAAAAGCUAUAUAUGUAAUGGUGUAAUCUGUUUCUUGUUAUAAUGCCUUCCAGAGU